AAACAAUAAUGCUGCAAAAUAUGUGCAAGUAAUAGAGGUAAGUGUGUCGUUGGAUCGAUGAAUUGUGGGAGGUUCUACAGAUAGUAGGACCGUUAUCGACAGUAUCGUUCAGUACAUAAUAAUGGGCCAACACCUUUCGACUCGACAAUUUUCUUCGUACGAUUUCGAAUGGAAUUUUCUCAUUGACACCGAACGUUCGAUAUUUUUGGUAGCACCUUUUCCUUUUCGCUCACGUGAUUGACAAAAAAGAAACAAAAUAGAAAUUGCAGAACGAACCAAGAAAAAUAUCACGUGGACGACAACGUUUCUGGAACGAAAGCAGAAAGAAAUUUCAAGUAUGCGUCAGUAUGAAAGACAAGAAGAGUUUUAAGUUCGAUAGCAAGAACGCUGAUGGGACCAGUAACCUAAUAAAACGCAGGUCGAUCGAUCAUGAACAGUAUCAAAAUGACAUCGUUAAAUGAACAAAAGUGGGAAAUUUUAAAUACAGUCGGAAUUGUAUUGUUCUUAAUUGGUUCGGUCGUUUCUUUGGAACACGCCGAAAUUGUGCCAUCUAAUCAUAGAAAUGUAUCCGCUACACUGAACCUAAUGCCAGAAGCUAGAAACUCUGAAGAUCAGGAUUCUAAAAAUCAAACAAUUCGUACUGCGAACAUCGACUUGACAACGGAACGAUAUUCAAUUCAAUAUUCUCCGAAUGUCGGCAAAGAUUCGAAGAAAGUAAGAAUACCUUUAACCUCUACGUCAACCGGUAAUUAUCACGGUUUAAGAAACGUCAAAAUUUUCUCGAAGAAGGACACUUAUCUGGAAGCAUUAGAACAUUCACAUACCAGUAAAGAUCCAAAGGAAGGAGUAGUACACGUGGAUGUUAAGCCGAUAAAGUCAAAAUUUAAGAGACGAGAAUAUAUUCAAGGACCAGUUUAUAAACCCGAGACCGACUACGGUGCUCCUAAAGAGCCUAACACGAUUUAUGGUUCUCCAAAUGAUUUGGGAAGUUCUUCGAAGGCGACGAAAAACUUUUACAGUUCAUCAAAUUCCAAUAGUUUUUUCCCUAAACCUGCGGAUAAUUACUUGUUACCUGAUCAAUCUUCGAUAAACUUUCACGAUUACUCUGCUUAUCCUAAUAGUCCUCAAAAUUCUUACGGUCCGCCUCAAAACAGUUAUGGUACACCUCAAAAUAAUUACGGCCCACCUCAAAGCAAUUACGGUCCACCUAAUCACAUAUAUGGAGUACCUGCUCAUCCACAACAAUUUGAUGAAUUGCCUCUGGGAAAUUCGUACAUAUCGCAUCAGCAAGGUGAGGUGAGAGGAUAUGAUAGUUCAGCUGGUAUACCUUACGGACAUUCCAGUUCGUCUCUUAUCGAGUUUCCUAGAAUAGACCUUUCCUGGCCGUUCGCUUUAAAAUUAAACGCCUUCACCCUAGCAAAGAUUUUACUGAAGUUGGUACUCUUCAAGAUGAUCGUCAAAUUCAUCGCCGUUAUUUGCUUGUUGCUCUUCAUACCUAAAUUAGAGAUCAUCAAGAAGCCCAAUAAGGACGAGGCCGAGGAAGAAGGUCGUGUUCUCUUUUCGUCAAACACAGCCUGGGAACGAUUGAACCUUUUAACCGAAGUGGUAAUGAACUCCGUUGAGAAGUAUACGGCGCAAAACGAAGGUAGAAACUACGAGGAGAGAUCAAAAAACGAUGAGGAUUGCGCGACGAUAAUGUGUCGUCUUCGAAGAACGUUCCUUUAUAAGGAAUCUUGGAAGGAUUACGUGGAGUUGUUUAAAAGUUACUUAUUGGAAGAGAAGGAAAUAAUCGAAGCGAAACGAUUAUCGAAACGAUGAUUAAUAUGAUCGUUAGAAGACAUCGACGCGUUGUCAAUGGUACCUAAUUUAUACAAUUUUCGAUUAUUUAUUUACUUAUGUAUUUAUUUAUUUAAUUAUUAGGAUAUAUUAAUAAACUCAACCAUCUCAUCAUCCAUGUGUGUGCGUGUGUGCGUGUAUGUGUUCGAGAUAAAUAUAAAAAAUCCGACACGCUCGGAUCUCAUAAGUAUAAUAAAAAAUUAUAAGAUAAUUCGAAAAUAAAGCAACGUUUUCCUCUGUUCUU